UGAUCAAAGUUGACACAUAAAGUCUCCAUGUUGUUGUUUUUUUCACAUUUACAGGGAGAUCCUCGAUGGCCAUUUAGAAGUUUUUUUAUUAUUUGAACCAAAAGCUGAAUCUAACAGAUGAAACCUUGUUAAUAAACUGGAGCUGGUUGAGGUCAGUGGCCGGUGGAUGAUUUCCAGACGUGUUUAAUGACAGAAACUUCACUCAGCAGGACUCUCUGAUUCUUCAGAUGGAAGGUCUGUUCCUUCACUUCCUGCACAGAAUCAUCACCAGUUUGGUUUUCUGUCUCCUCCUGACUCACUGUUCUAGAGGUCAGUCUGAGUCAGUGGAUUCACUUCAACCAAUUGUAGCAAGAGUUGGUGAUGACGUUGUUCUACCGUGUCAAAUCAAACCUUCAGUGGACGUUUCUGAAGCAACGUUGGAGUGGAAGAGGUCAAACCUCUUCGUCCUGGUGUGGCGUAAUGGUGCAGACCUUAAAAUACAAAAACAUCCGUCCUACAGAGGAAGAACAUCUCUGUUCCCUGAUGAACUGAAAAAUGGAAACGUUUCACUGAAACUUUCUGACGUGAAGCUGUCUGAUAAAGGAACAUACAAAUGUUACGUUGUAGAGAUCAAUAGAGAGAUGUUUGUUGAGCUUGUUGUUGUGUCAGCUCCUGUUUGCUCACCCCUCAUCAGUUUAUCAGGGAUGGACAGAGACAGAGGAGGAGUGGUGUUACAGUGUGAAUCCAGAGGCUGGUAUCCAGAGCCUGAGGUGUUGUGGCUGGACGCUGAGGGAAACCUGCUCUCUGCUGGACCUCCAGAGACAGUCAGAAAGUGA